CGACCACGUCUGCAUCUCCGCAUUAAUAUUUAUUUUCUUAGUACUUCGAACGCGCUUCGAGAAAGCAACGAGUUAUCGCGAUUCUCGAAGCGCCUCCUGACUGCACCGCCCUGGUUCGAUAAGGGGAGACAGAGAGCGAGGGGGACGAAAAUAGCUCUCUUUCUUGCUCCCUCCCUCCCUCGAGCGGCGUGUCAAAUGUACCAUGCCUGGGUGUACCAGGCCCAGUACAAGAACGUCCGCGGUCACGGAUUUUCUACUGCAGCGCAGCGUUCUCAGUGCAUAAAGCGGAACGAGCGGAGUCGGACAGAGAGAUAGUCGUCUUGCUAGAUCGUACAGCCACGUACAGUCACCGGGGGUGAUCCACUUGUCGCUGUCCGUGAUGCCGAACAUAAUAAAUGACAUAAAGCUGGACUUUAAGGACGUACUGCUGCGUCCGAAGCGGAGCACACUGAACAGCCGAGCAGACGUAGACCUCUUCAGAGAAAUUACAUUUCGCAAUUCUAAACAAACAUACAGAGGAAUUCCUGUCAUGGCUUCUAACAUGGACACAAUCGGAACGUUUGAAAUGGCGAAGGCUUUAUCAAAGCAUGGUCUUUUUACUGCGGUUCAUAAAUAUUAUACCGCAGAGGAAUGGAAAGACUUUAUUGCGUUAAAUCCCGACUGCGCAAAGAAUGUAGCGGCCAGCGCGGGGACAGGAAACGAAAAUUUCGAGCGACUCUCAAGCAUUUUGGAAGUUGUGCCGGAAUUGUCAUUUAUAUGCUUAGACGUUGCGAACGGAUACUCGCAACAUUUUGUGGAAUAUGUGAGAAAAGUAAGAGCGCGAUAUCCGAAUCACACUAUAAUUGCAGGAAAUGUUGUGACAGGAGAAAUGGUGGAGGAAUUGAUACUCUCAGGGGCGGAUAUAAUUAAAGUAGGAAUUGGUCCAGGUUCCGUAUGUACGACACGAAUGAAAACCGGAGUCGGUUAUCCACAAUUGAGCGCCGUAAUUGAAUGUGCGGAUGCAGCGCACGGUUUAAAGGGACACAUUAUCGCCGAUGGCGGGUGUACUUGCCCUGGAGAUCUAGCAAAAGCAUUCGGUGCCGGAGCGGAUUUUGUCAUGGCAGGUGGAAUAUUCGCGGGCCACGAUGAAUGUGGCGGCGAAAUUAUAGAAAAAAACGGAAAGAAGUUCAAACUUUUUUACGGGAUGUCCUCCAGCACGGCCAUGAAGAAGCAUACUGGUGGUGUUGCAGACUACAGAUCCUCGGAAGGAAAGACUAUUGACGUGCCUUAUAAAGGUUUGGUCGAAAACACUGUGCUGGAUAUCCUGGGCGGCCUAAGAUCUGCAUGUACUUACACAGGAGCCGAACGUUUGCGCGAACUGCCACGACGAGCGACUUUUAUACGCUGUACGCAACAAUUGAAUCCCAUGUACGGACCGCCCCCAGAAAUGUAAAGUUUACAAUUAAAUUGUGAUUCUUAGUAAAAGGCUUAAUAAGGCUAAAAAAAGUUUUAACGCCAAUAAUUUGUUGAUCAUGUAUUAUUUGCUGGCAAAUAAUAUUUAUAUAUGGGGUGAAAAGUGAAAAUGCGUCUUGUAAAAUAUUUAUCACUAUAUCAUGUGAUGACGUCUAAGUAUUGUGAAUUAAUUCUUAUGCUCAGAAAUGAAAGAACGUUAUACAAACGUUCUUCAUACAUAAAUAAAAAAUUUCGUUACAUUAA